GCCAAAGCCACGAACCACUCUGGCAACGCCAGACCGUACAAAACAUUUUGAGAAAAAUUCCGUCGCUUUUUAUUUGCUGUUAAAAAAAAAGAUUCAAAUAUACUUGCUAAACUAACGGUUCAUCGGUUUCUAUGAAGGGCUUUUCUUGUAAUUAGCAAGUAAAGUAAAGCGGGAAAAACGCGUGGCGAAAACGAAGGAUUGGAAAACAUUUUUUCAUGCGCGCGUGUGUGCGUGCGUGUGUGUGCCACAGAAAGUUGCAAGCAGCCUAGAGCUAAAUAGGUUGUUAAAUAUUCCCUGUGCUCUUGCUUUAUGCAAUAACAAAAUCUGCGAAUUCGCCCAUUAACCGUAAAAAUGUGAAAAAAAACCAAUGGGAAUUUCUCAAUGUUGUGUCAAUACAGCGAGAGCGACGUACGAAAAGCCAAAAGCAAAGGAGAGGAGAAUGGAAUAACACAAAAAAAAAAGAGCUGAGCCACAGCAAAGAAGCAAAAGAAGAAACGCGAAGCAGGGGCUAAAAGAAAAAUCGAAAUAAUAAAAAAAACCCGCACCCGUGUGUGUGCGAGCGAGUGAGAUUCUGUGCGCGUGUGUGUGUGAGUGAAUGUGUGUGUGAGAGAGUGAAACGUAAAAAUAAAAUUCAGCCAAAUGCAGAAGCCAACAACAAAAUGGAUAACAAAACUACACAGUUGGAUUUUAAAUUACUGGUGGAUCAAUCACUAAAUCUACUGGACAGCCUCAACACGGCAUUGCGGUGCGAUGCUAUUCAAUUCUUGCUGCAGACGCUUAAGUGCAAGUACCCGGAGGCCUGCGACCAAGUCGUCAGGAAUCUGUUCAGUCACAUAGCUGCUGCUAAUGACAACGGCGGGGCAGGUGGCGGAGGUGGCGGUGGCGGUGGCGACGGAAGGACCCAGCAGCUUGAGCUAGCGAGGACGAAGCAGCUCCAGCUGCUGCUGACCGCCAAGAAGGAGAAGAAGGAGCCUGGCACCGGCUGCGAGGCGGAGAUCAAACGCGAGAACGACGACGAGGAGGCGGGAUCGACGGAUCUGAACCAGAACUUCGAGAAGAUCCUCUGCAAGGAGGAGUUCCUGUGCCUCGAGGAGGAGGAGGAGGACUUCCUCGACGAUGCGGACACGCAGAACUCGUCUUCCCUGCAGUUCCAUGCCGGCAACAAUGUGGACGCCCUGGCCCUGGGCCCCGGCGAUCCGCUGGACCUGAUCCAGACCGGCGUUUCGCUGCUGGUCAAGCGAAAGUAUGCGGCCACCUUCGUGGACGAGGACCAGCUGGGCGAGGACGAGGACGAGGAGGCGAACAGCAACAGCAGCGACGGCAAGCUGGUGAAGCGCAAGCGUACCAACAACAUGCACCUGACCGUGACGAGUGUGCGGCGGAAAGAGGAGCACAGCCGGCUGGGCGAGGGCUACGUCUUUCACGAGGACAGCCAGUACACGAUGCGGUAUCACCACAGCACCGGCGAGUUCAGCGAGCGGGCCUUCAAGGCCCAGCUCCGGGCUCUGCUCCGCCUGGCGCUCAGCCAGCACCACAAGCCAUUUCUCCGGCAGUUCUACGAGAACUUUGUUGUGAAUGGACGCCUGCUGGGCACCACGCCCUCGGCGCGGGUGCUGAAGGAGCUGCGCGAGCAGCGGCUGGAGGAGUGGCGACGCCAAAAGGAACGUCAUCAGUUGGUCAUCUUGAUGAAGCAGAGGAACGAACUGCAGCGGGAUGAGGAGGUUCAGCAGCAGCAGCAGCAACAGCAGAAUCAGGAGGAGAUCCAGCAGCAGGAGCAGGAGCAGCACCUGGAUGAGAUUCAGCAGCAGCAGCAGGAGCAGCAAAUGGAGGCGAUCCAGCAGCGGCAGCAGCUGCCAGCCAUCUCGUUUGGCGACUCCGAACUGGAGUCGGAAACGGAAUCGCAGCUGUCGUCGGCUGCCCAAGAGAUUAUGAAGUUCGAGGAGUUCAUUGACGAGGGUGUAGGCGCGGGACGUCUGAUCGAUGGUCUGGAGAUGGAACCCGAGAUCGAUGACAUGCUGGCUGGCGCCGGCAGUGCCUUGGGCAGCGUGAACAGCGCCAGCGGACACAGCAGCAACAGCAGCAGCAGCGGCAGCGGGAGCGGCGGUAAUGGGAAUGGCAUCAGCGGUGUGAUAAUGGAGAACAAUAGUCAUCAUUCGCAUCACCUAAGUAGCAGCAGCAGUGCAAAUCUUGUGAUCAACGGCCUUACGUCAAGCAAUAGCAUCAGCAACAAUAAUAAUAACAACAACAGCAACAAUGGCAGCCUACACCGCCCGCAACUGACGCUGCAGGAGCAGGAUCAGUUGGUGGCGUCUAUGAAACCAUCACACCACUUGCCCAUGUCCAUGCCCAUGGAGAGCAGGGAUCUUAAGGGCAGCCAGGCGGCGCAUGGCAAUCCCAACGUCAUCAUGCCGGGCGGCAGUUCGGCGAGUCACGUCAGCGAAAUUCAAAUGCACCAGCAGCAAAAGCUCUACAACUCAAGCAAUAAUCCCCUGUCGAUGAUGGGCGGCAUGAUGCAACAACAGCAGCAACAGCAGCAACAGCAGCAGCAGCAGCAUGUGGCUCUGCCUCACCAGCAGCGGCAGAUGAUGAUGAUGUCGGAGGAUUUCCCACAACACGGCACCUCGAUGAUGGGCAGUCGUCAAAUGCCAGCCCUGGCAGCCUUGUCGAACUUGGGCGACACUCCUCCCGUCAGCGGUCAACUGAACUCCUCGCUGGAGCUGGACGACAAUGACUUGUCGCCGGACGAGGACGACGACGACCUGGACCACGACAUGGACGAGCUGGACGCGGCCAAGCAGCAACUGAUCGACGGCGGCAGCAGCAGCAGCACCUCCCUGCAGGCGCCGCCCUCGCAGCACGGCAGCGGUAGUGGAGGCAGUGGCGGUCAGACGCCCGGCAGCAAGAAGGACAAGCCCAGCUACAACUGUCUGCUCUGCCCCAAGUCGUAUCGCAAGCGCAAGUCGCUGCUGGACCACUACAAGAUGCACCCGGGCUAUUGCCACGACUGCGGUCAGCGCAAUGGGAACACGCUGGAGGAAAUAAUCCACCACAACCGCACCAUGCAUGUGAAGGAGUUCCCGUUCGUUUGCGAAACGUGUGGGGAGUCGUACUCGCGCAAACAGCAGUUUCACGCCCACGUGGAGUCGCACAACAAGAAGGAAAUCAAAACCUUUCCCUGCGCCGAGUGCGGGCUAAAGUUUCCGCAGAAGAAACUGCAGCAACACUUCGAGGAGACGGGCCACAAGGCCGACGGGGCCAUCUGCGAGGUGUGCGGCGAGGAGUUUCAGUCGAAGAACGCCCUGUACCAGCACAUCAUCCGCGUGCACAAGCGCGACAACUUCUUCGAGUGCCACAUUUGCCAUAACCGCUUCACGCUGAAGGCCAACCUGGAGCGGCACGUGCAGCUGCACACCGAGAUCAAACGGCCCUACGUGUGCGACCUGUGCGGCUCCUCCUACUUCACAUAUCCCGCGCUCAAGGAGCACUACAGCAACGCCCACGUCGACGUGUCCGAGUGCAAGUGCACGCUGUGCGGCAAGCGCUUCGGAUCGGCCAAAUCCCUGCAGCGGCACCUACCAUCCCACUCGGAGGAACGGCCGCACUGCUGCAACUACUGCGAUCAGACCUUCAAAUGGAAAACGCAUCUGGUGCGUCACAAGCAGACAAUGCACGGAAACGAGCCGCCACCUCCUAAAAAGGGAAAGCAGCGCUUUCCCAAGACGAACGAAGAAGGCGAAAUGGGUAGCUUGCCGGAUAUGCCGGGUCCGCCGCCUGUGAAAGCCACCAAAAAGGCGGUGACCAGCAAGGCGAAAGCGCAGGCAGCAGCCGCCGCCGCAGCAGCAGCAUCCUCGCAGCAGCAACAGCAGAAGGGCUCCGCGGCCACGCCCACGCCGCCACCGCCAGUCUCGACGACUCCGGGCUGCCUGCAGCAGGAUCAGUUCAAUGCGGCCAUGGUCAGUAGCAACAGCUCGCAAUCCUCCACGGCAUCCACGUCACAGCAUUCGGUGUCGACGAGUGAAUCUCAGCAGAAUUCCAUGUACAAUCAGAGCUUUAAUGCGGAGAAACAGCAGCCAGGACAGCAGCAACAGCAGCAGCAGCAGCCCCAGAAUGCCUUGCAUCAGCAACAUCCGACGCCGCCGCCGACACAACAACAACAACAGCAGCAGCAACAGCAGCAGCCGCCGCCACAGCCGAGAGUUGCACCCGGAGAAUUGCAUCUGCAGCGCAUGAACAGCUUUGGACAGGAUGGCCAAUUUCACUUUGAGUCCAACCCGGCAGCGAGUGCUUAUCAGCAACAUCAACUGAUUAGCCAGUAUCAGCAGCAACAGCAACAGCCUCAGCAGCAACAACAACAACACCAUCUUGCCCAACAACAGCAGCACAUGAGGAGCCACACGCCCCAGAGUCCACAUCCGCCGCAUCCCUCGCAACUGCAACAACAGCAGCCGCAGCCGCACUUCAGCUCCCCUCACCACAUGCCGCCGAUGCACCAUCAACACCAGCUGAUGAUGCAGCAACAACAUCGGCACAACCAGCGAUCGCCGUUGCAUCACCAUCCUGCGGCCCAGCAAUUGCAGCAGCAGCAUCAGCAACCCUCGCAUUCCCCACAGCAUGCGAGACUGCAGUCGCCACAACCUGCUCCAGUACAACAACAACAACAACAACAACAGCAGCAGCAGCAGCAGCAGCAAUUCUUGCAGCAACAGGCCACCGACUCCUGGGGCAACAUGAACUUUGGUAAUCCACCCAGCAACCAGCAGGUUGAGCUCAAAGAUAACAAAUUCUAUAUAGUGGAGUCGGCCGAGUUCCUAGGGCUUCCAAUGAAUGUGCCGCCUUCGCCACAGCAGCAGCAGCAACAAGCAGUAAGCAAACCACAGCAGCAGCAGCAGCAGCAACAACACGCUCAACCGCAGCAACCAGAUCCAACUCUCGCCGGUGACCUGAUGAGCUUCCAGCAUAUGUGGCCGGCGCCUGCGUUUGGCCAAACUCCACAACAGCAGCAGCAGCAGCAGCAGCAGCCACAACAACAGCAACAACAACAGCAGGCGGCACAACAGCAACAACAGGCCCAGGCUCAGGCGAAUUCGAGUGAUCCCCACAACUACAACAACAUCGGCAGCAUACUCACGAAUCUCAUUGACACAAAUCCCGCGCCAAUGGAGUACAAUUUCGACCUGAUGCAGCAGCAACAAGCGGCGUCGUCUCAGCAACAGCAACAGCAACAACAGGCGGCUCAGCAGCAGCAGCAGCAGCAUCACGGCGCCGGCAGCUAUGCGAGCGGUUUGAUGCGCAGUGGAGGCGGCGUGUACGGAGGAGCCUAUGACCAGCACCUGAGCGAUCAGCUGGUCAGCGAGCAGCAGAAACAGAACAGCUUUCAGCCCUACCAUCCACAUGGUCUGCAGGCGCAACAGCAGCAGCAGCAGCCAUUGCAUCCGCACCUGCUGCCCCCGCCAGUGCCGCACAGCAACGUGUACGACCGCACGGGAGUUGGAGUGGGAGUGGGAGUAGGUGUCGGAGUGGGUGUGGGCUAUUCGAUGCUGGGAGACGACCCCAAGGGUGUGUUGCCGUCCAUGAUGGGCGGCAUGAUGCAGCAAAUGCCGCCGCAUGGCCAACAGCCGGAUCUAAUCUACUACCCAGUGAAGAACGAUUGACAGUCGAAGCAUCAUCAGCAGCAAGCUCAGCAACCGAAUCACCAUCACCACCAUCGCUGGUGGACAGAGCCAGCCAAGAGAGGCGAUGUUUUCCACUGAAGAAACAAGCGAAAACAGGAAACAGAAUACGGAAUACGGAAAACGGAACAAGUUCGCUUAGAUUGUAAGUGUAGGGGGGAGGGUGGAUGUGUGUGGACGCGAGUUGGAGUUGUAGAUAGGGCAAUCCACAUAUUUUUUUGAAAUUAAGAGCAAUAACAUAAAGAUUAGAGCGGAAAGAGCUCAGAAUUUCUAAUCCGACCGGCGCUAUGAUACGUGUAUAAAAUGUAAUCAUUUACAAAGUACAUCAAAUAAACAGAAGCAUGUAUACAUAAAUAAAUUCAGACAUAUACAUAGUAGCACCUAAGCAAAGCAAAGCAAGAGCAAGAGCAAGAAUUAAAUUAAAACCUAUAAAUAAUAAAUACAUAUAUAAAUUAUAUGAAACAUAUAUAUAUAUAUAUAUAUAUUAGAAAUAAGCAACUACAAUAAUGGCAGACCACAAGCAACUUUCGAACAAAUUUUAUGCUAAUUUAACAUUUACCAUACAAGUUAUAAAUGCAACACUACACAAAUACGUACGUUGAUGUAUAACCAAAACAAUCCAACAUUUAUUCAUACAUAUGAUAUCUAUGUUAACCGCGACAGACCCCACCCCCCUCCCCCCAUAUUGUAUUGUAGAUGAUUGAUUUGAGCUUGGGUCGGGUCAUGCAUCACAAACGGAAACAAAACAAAACAAAACAAAACAAAAUAAAACAAAAUAAAUGAAAACAAAAGUACACGACGCUUUGAGCCCGGGCCUAGACGCCACACAAAGUUGUAACCAUAUCAUGAGGCCUCUUCCCCGUAUAAUUAAUUGUAUUUUCGAUAGUGCUUGUUAUUUUCUAUUUAGUUAACGAAUUGAUUAUACUUAUAAAGCCUUUCUGCUGAUUACCGCCAGCCACACUUUUGUUAGAUUAGUGCCUAAGUCUAGUUGAUAUCCCAAUGUAUACCCCGACAUAUUGUGGCUUUUUACACCCAAACCUUGUAUAGCUACUCUAUAGCAUUUUCGAUUUUUUUGAAGCUCCCCUCUCUCCUCCAAUUCUACUUGCGAUUUAUAUAAUUCAAUUUUGUUCAUGAACAUGAAUUUCCUUAAAUUGAAGACAAGGCCCCAAACAUUUAAGUUAAUCACAGCGUUGUUCUUGUUUUACACAUUAUUCAAAUUCAGCAACAUAAGAAUUUUACAUUUAAGUGAAAGUUUAAAACGUUAAAUGUGUAAGCAUACUUUUAUGAACAAAACAAAAGCAAC